AUGGAAGAGACUUAUACCAUUGGGUCCGAAGCGCAUGAAUUGGUGAGUUUCCGCAUAUGCAGCCCAUGGCUGUUCUCCAUAAGCAAAAGCAGUCCAGAUGCGAUGAACUUCGAGAGACACAUCUUGCGUUGGCUGGGGACAUUCAUCCAGACUGUUGAUAUGGAGAAGAAGCGCGCAAAGACCGUGGUAUGA